UGCCCUCUCAUGAUUGGAUUUGAAUCAUUGCUCUGAUGAAGCCGGUCUCUAAAGCACGUUCUAACACUCAAACAAAAAGCUAGCUUUCAGUUUGUUGCUGUGUUAUUUCAUGAUCGACGGUUAUUUUCCAAGGAAAAUAUUAUAAAUAACAGAACAAAAGUAAUUACUCAGCCUAAAGAACUAGAAAUGCAACGUAGAAGAGGGAAAAAAGUAAAGAUGGACAAUCCUCUCGAGGAUUUUGAACCACCAUCCACUUCUUAUUUAGAUGAGCAGCAAACUCCAAUGGAUCAGCAAAGUGAAAAAUGUGAAAAUGUACACCCACAUUAUGAUUUCGAUACACCUUCCAAAAUGGACCAUGAUAAAAAUAGUGUCCCUGUGCAGCAGAAUUUGAAUGUUCUCAGUUCAAACCAGGCUUUAAAUACCACAGUCCCAACUCUUUCUGUUGGGCAUGGACAGACACCUGAAAGUGCUCGUGGCCAAACUUCAGUUACUCCUACUGGGAAGAAGGCCCCUGCAGUUACUGCAAAUUCUCAGAAAUUAGUAUCUAGCCCAGAAGGUACUCCCACAUCCACACGUCCUUCUCUUCGACGUAGAGGACGGUCAAAGAAACAUUCAGAGACGGAACAUGUUGCUAAUGUUGAAGAUGAAAGCGAUUUAUUUAGUAUUAUCAGGAAUGGCAAAAGCUCCUUACAGCACAUUGUAGAUGAAUGGAUUGAGCAGUACAAGGCUGACCGUGACUCAGGGUUGAACGCUAUAAUGCAGUUCUUCAUUAGUGCUUCAGGAUGCAACGGGAAAAUACCAUCUAAAAUACCAAGUAGCAUGGAUCAUGCCGCAGUUAUCCGCGAUAUGACAAAAAAGUUUGAUGAGGAUAGUGGAGAAUAUCCGUUGGUCAUGUCUGGACCACAAUGGAGAAAAUUUCGAAGCAACUUCUGCGACUUCGUACACACACUCGUGAAGCAGUGCCAAUAUUCCAUAAUUUAUGAACAAUACCUGAUGGAUAACGUUAUUUCACUUCUUACUGGUCUUUCUGAUUCACAAGUCCGAGCGUUUCGUCAUACUGCCACCUUAGCUGUUAUGAAAUUAAUGACUGCCCUGGUUGAUGUGGCUCUGACUGUGUCGGUUCAUCUUGACAACACGUCUCGUCAGUAUGAAGUUGAGCGUCGGAAAACACAGGAUAAACGAGCCAGUGAUCGCCUUGAAGGAUUGCUUGCCAAACACGAAGAACUUGAAGAAAACAUGCAUGACAUUAAAAACAUGUUGACUUACUUAUUCAAGUCGGUGUUUGUCCAUCGUUACCGAGAUAUCGUUCCCGAUAUUCGAGCCAUUUGUAUGACGGAAAUAGGCAUUUGGAUGAAACGGUUUCCCCAAAAUUUUCUUGAUGAUUCUAACCUGAAGUAUAUUGGGUGGAAUUUGUACGACAAAGUUGCCGAUGUUCGUUUAAAAUGUCUUCAAGCUCUCCAACCGCUGUAUGCUUCACAAGAGCUUAAAGAAAAACUGGAACUUUUUACCAGCAAAUUUAAGGAUCGUGUCGUUUCGAUGACGCUAGACAAAGACUAUGAUGUUUCAGUCCAAGCUGUUCGUUUGGUUAUCACUAUGCAGAAGUAUCACCAAGAAAUGUUAUCAGACAAGGAUUGUGAGUCAGUUUACGAGUUGGUGUUCUCUUCUCAUCGAGCCCUUGCACAAGCUGCCGGCGAAUUCCUUAAAGAGCGACUAUUCACACUUAAUGCUACCAGUCAUCCAGCUCCACGUACUCUCCGUGGCAAAAAGAGACUACCUAACACACCUCUCAUUCGUGAUUUGGUUCAAUUUUUCAUUGAAUCUGAGUUGCAUGAACACGGAGCAUAUUUGAUCGACUCCUUAAUCGACUCAAAUGAAAUGAUGAAAGACUGGGAGUGCAUGACGGAUUUGUUAAUUGAAGAACCUGGGCCAGACGAAGAGCCUUUGGACGAUCAGCAGGAAACAGCUUUGAUCGAGUUGAUGACAUGCUGCAUUAAACAAGUUGCGACUGGAGAACCACCUGCAGGUCGAGGGUCUAUGAGAAAGAUUCCUACCGUCAAAGAAACCAGACAAACCCAAGGUCACCGUGUACGACUUACUGAACAUUUCAUACCAACUCUUCCUCUGUUACUCGGGAAAUAUAUGACUGAUCCCGAACAAGUUGCAAACCUCUUGUCAAUCCCUCAAUACCUUAAUAUGGAAAUCUAUACUACCUCACGUCAAGAGAAGAGUCUAGAUUCGUUAUUGCGCUUGAUCCAGAAUAUAGUAGAAAGACACACCACAACAGAAGUGCUGGAAGGCUGCGCUAAAGCGUUGAAAUUUCUUUGUGAUGAAGAUUACGCCAUAUCUUCUCGAUGUGAUUUAACAAGGAACACUUUAAUUGAUCAUCUCGUUAAGAAAUGCGAACAAGAUUAUGAAAAUUAUGUGACACUGAUUGCUGGCGACGAAGAGCCCAACAAAGAUGCGGUGUUUACGCUGGUAUUGGGUUUGAAAAAAAUUGCCUUAUUCUCGUCACAUCACAAUCUUGGGACCUGGAAUUUGUGGGAUUCUCUGUUUGCCGCAAUUCAAGAAACUAUAAACCUAAAUCGGAAAAUGCCACUUGAAGCUAUAAAAUAUUGCAUUUCAGCUUGCCAUUCUGCUGUUUUAUGGGAGCUUCUGCAAUUCAAAAACUGUUCUGGACAAGGAACGUCUGCCGCUCAACAACAGAAACAAUUAAGAGAUCAUUUGGACGCCUACAUGUCUUUGAUGACUGAGCUAAUCACUUCGAACGUUGCUGAUUUUAGAGAAGAGGCAUACGUGUCUGUAGGGGAUUUGCUUAUAUGUUUUAGCAAGCGUCUAAAAGACAAUCCUCAGUUAAAACCGCUUGUUUACGAGCCUGAUCGUGACCUACAACAAAUUCUGGAAAACUUCAUUCAGACUUAUGUGUUUGUUGAAGAAGAAGAAGAAGAUGUAGACGACGAAGGCGACGAACAUAAAAAAAUUGAAAAGUUGCACAAUCGCCGGAACUAUUUAUCGGUUUUCUGCAAACUCGUGGCUUGCAACGUCUUGCCUGUAAAAGCUGCGGCAGGUGUUAUUAGACACUAUGUCAAGUAUUACGAUGAUUACGGUGACAUCAUUAAGACAUUAUUGGGAAAAACUCGAAACAUCAACAAAAUUACCAGUGCAAAAACUAUGGUUCUUAGUCUCUCAUUGUUGUUUCACGAUCUGACAAGGGAUGGUGGAAGUCGUAUUGAUCGGCAGUCAGAAGAAUUUCUUAGUGUCAAGGAAUUGGCCAAAAAAUUUGCCAUGUCAUUUGGACUCGAUAUGGUGAAAAAUCGCGAAGCUAUCACCGCCCUUCAUAGAGAUGGAAUUAUUUUUGCCACAAAUCCACUCGAGAAUCCAAAUAAUCCAAUUGGCCCUCCUCCUAAUUUAGGGUUUCUUGAAAUUUGUGGCGAGUUUUCAAACAAACUGCUAAAACAAGACAAAAAGGUGGUUUUACAGUUUUUGGACCGAAUGCUGACCAUGGGAAGGCUUUCACCUCGUCGAGAAUGGGAACCUCUCUUGUUCUACCGGAAUUCCUUGGUUCAUGGCGAAACUGAUCCACCUCCGCAUUCUGUCAGGAGCGCUAACAGACGACGUCGUCGCGAUACAGGUGGAGACGACGGUGAAAUCGCUGAUAACGAUGAUGUAUCAGAUCAGGAUUUUGCCGAGUGCGGGUAAUAUUACCCGGUUUGACUUCAGCAUUUGAGUCUUAAUGAAUGAAGUGAAUUCAAAGUAACAUAACAUGUACGUGUAAAAGUUUCAUUUCAUUUUUUGAUAAAUUUCCAGUGUUAACGCAUCUUAUUUGCGAUGAAUCUAGGAAAUGUUAGUUUUUAUUAACGUUUGGUGAGGUGCUUUGUUAUUUAUCCUUUUGGCUACUGAACUGCGACACGUAAAUUUCCAUUUUAACAAUGGAUCCUGCUGUUAGAUGACGUACGAUCGCACUUGUUGGAUUCUCUAGGAUAAAUAAACACAGUUAACAGUU